ACGUUAACAGGCCCCUUUGGGCGUGCGGGGACGGCAGGAUAUUUCUUGAGACGUUUUCUCCUUUGUAUAAACAGGCUUAUGACUUCCUCAUUGCCAUUGCUGAGCCAGUGUGCAGGCCAGAGUCUAUGCAUGAGUACAACCUAACACCUCAUUCUCUCUAUGCUGUUGUGUCGGUUGGGCUUGAGACCGAGACAAUCAUAAAUGUCUUAAACAAGCUAUCAAAGACUAAGUUGCCUAAGGAGAUGAUAGAUUUCAUCCAUGCUUCCACCGCCAAUUAUGGGAAAGUGAAACUCGUGUUGAAGAAGAAUCGAUACUUUGUGGAGUCACCUUUUCCGGAGGUGCUGAAGACAUUGCUUAGGGAUGAUGUCAUAUCUCGUGCGAGGAUUUGUUUUGAGGGUCAUCAUGAAGGUGGUUCAUUUACAAUUAGCAAAACGGCUGGAGAAAUAGAAGGUGGCCAUGAUGAGUUGCUGAAUGGUGUAGACUUAGCUGCUGCUGCUGAAGAGAAAGAAACACAUUCCUUUGAAAUUGAUCCUGCCCAGGUUGAGAACGUGAAGCAAAGAUGUUUGCCUAACGCCUUAAAUUAUCCUAUGCUGGAGGAGUAUGAUUUUAGAAAUGAUACGGUGAACCCAGACUUGAACAUAGAAUUGAAGCCGCAAGCACAACCUAGACCAUAUCAAGAAAAGAGUCUCAGCAAGAUGUUUGGGAAUGGAAGAGCAAGGUCUGGCAUUAUUGUUUUGCCUUGUGGUGCUGGAAAGUCUUUGGUUGGUGUCUCUGCGGCAUGUCGAAUUAAGAAGAGCUGUCUUUGCUUAGCUACCAACGCGGUCUCUGUGGAUCAAUGGGCUUUCCAGUUUCAGCUUUGGUCUAAUAUAAAGGAAGAACAUAUUUGUCGGUUUACAUCUGAUAACAAAGAAAGAUUUCGUGGCAAUGCUGGUGUGGUUGUCACCACUUACAACAUGGUUGCAUUUGGUGGAAAAAGGUCUGAAGAUUCUGAGAAAAUCAUUGAAGAAAUAAGAAAUAGAGAAUGGGGUUUGCUUCUUAUGGACGAGGUGCAUGUUGUUCCUGCACACAUGUUCCGGAAGGUCAUUAGCAUUACUAAGUCUCAUUGCAAGCUUGGACUUACUGCAACGCUAGUGAGAGAGGACGAACGUAUCACAGAUCUCAACUUUCUUGUAGGACCAAAAUUGUAUGAAGCUAAUUGGUUGGAUUUGGUAAAAGGAGGGUUCAUAGCUAACGUUCAGUGUGCUGAAGUGUGGUGCCCCAUGACGAAGGAAUUCUUUGCAGAGUAUUUGAAAAGGGAAAAUUCUAAAAAGAAGCAGGCACUUUACGUGAUGAAUCCAAACAAAUUCAGAGCCUGUGAAUUUCUGAUUCGCUUUCAUGAGCAACAACGUGGUGAUAAGAUUAUUGUGUUUGCUGAUAAUCUUUUUGCCCUCACCGCAUAUGCAAUGAAGCUAAGGAAACCUAUGAUAUAUGGUGCAACCAGCCACGCUGAGAGGACAAGAAUUCUUAAAGCAUUCAAAUGUAGCCCGGAUGUUAAUACAAUUUUCUUAUCUAAGGUGGGUGACAAUUCGAUAGAUAUUCCUGAAGCUAACGUGAUAAUACAAAUAUCAUCUCAUGCUGGUUCAAGACGUCAAGAAGCACAACGGCUGGGCCGUAUUCUUAGGGCAAAGGGUCGGCUCCAAGACAGAAUGGCCGGUGGAAAAGAAGAGUACAAUGCCUUUUUCUAUUCUCUAGUAUCUACAGAUACACAGGAGAUGUAUUACUCUACCAAAAGGCAGCAAUUUCUGAUUGACCAAGGCUACAGCUUUAAGGUAUUGAGUGCUGGAGAUGAUGUGGUUGGCUUGGAGCAGUUAGAAGAAGAUGCUGAUGACAUUGCUCUACAGAAGGCCCGACGUUCUGCGGGAUCAAUGAGCGCUCUAUCAGGAGCUAGCGGGAUGGUGUACAUGGAGUACAAUACUGGCCAAGGCAAGAAGGGCCAUGGCAAGAGUAAACCAAAGGACCCGGCAAAGAGACACCAUUUGUUUAGGAAGCGCUAUAGCCAAGCCUAGAGAGAUUGUCGUCUUGCUGGAGUAAACUCUAUCUUGCAUGAAGCACUGAAAUCGGAUUCUAAUUUCUAAGUGCACGCUUUUCUAUUUGCUCUCAUCAUAUGCAUAUGCAAUCUCUUGUCGAUCAGGCUUGUGAGGGAAAGAUUUGUGCAUCUUCACUUCAGCACGCACGAGAAGUUUUGGUUGGUUGGUUGGGCUUUGGCAUAAGGCAUCCUGUUGCGGAGAAUGGCUGGUAAAUUCGGCCUUGUAAAUAUUUUACAGACAGAGAUGCGUAUCUUUGCUUGUAACGCUGCACAAAUGUGACUUGAAAAACCCAUGUUUACGACCAAAGAAAUUUUUGUUCUACAGAUGCUUAAUUUGUUUA